AUGGAUGUGCAGGAGAAAGCUGAUGUAGAGAGACACGUGGAAAGGAAGAAGCUUGAGGUGUUAGAGGAGCCUUAUUCUGCGGCGCUUACCUUGCCGACUAGUGGGCGGUCCUUCCGCUUUUCAGGCUGUGCGGCUAACAUAGUGGAUGACAAGUAUGAAUAUUCAAUUGAGAACAAAGAUAACGGGGUUCAUGGGUGGAUAUGCUUUGAUCCACCAGUUGGGUUUUGGCAAAUCUGUCCCAGCAAUGAGUUCAGAACUGGGAGUCCAACCAAACAGGACCUAACCUCUCAUGUCAAUCCAACUACUCUUGCUAUGUUUGUAAGUGCCCAUUAUGGAGGAGAGGAAUUGUCACUCCAAAUUGGAUCUGGGGAGCCAUGGAAGAAAGUUUUUGGACCAGUUUUUAUUUAUCUUAAUUCUGUCUCUGAUAGAAAUAAUGCAUUUUCACUUUGGGACAAUGCCAAAGAACAGAUGAAGGUUGAAGUCCAAAGUUGGCCAUACAGUUUCCCAAAUUCAGAGGACUUUCCAAAGUCUGAUCAAAGGGGUACUGUCAUUGGCAAAUUUCUUGUGCAUGAUAGGUGUGUUCUUUUAUGCCUUUUCCAGUUUCACUUGGUUCAAUUAAACUCAAAAGUUUGCAUUGUCAUAGUUGUCAUAUCUAGGGCAAUUCAACCCAAGUAA